AUGCGCUUCCUCACAUCCAUCACCCCCCUCGUCUCCCUCCUCCCUCUCAUCCACGCCCUCCCCAGCCCCACCAGCUGCACCACCGUCACCCCGGACAUCGCCCGCGUCUCUGAAGCGGACCCAGUAGCCUCCUACCUCCCCGGCUUCCGCAUCUCGCAACAAGCCGGCGGCACCAACAAGGAAGACAUGUUCGUCGAAUUCAACAUCACCGCUGGCAGCUGGGGCUGCUCGCUCUCCUCCUUCUUCCCCGCCGGCACGCCGGUCACCACCUCCGGAGCCGCCGCGCCCGUCGAGAUCUUCGCCGUGAACGGCCCCCUCAGCCGGUCUCCGCACGGCAUCGACGUGUCCUGGGCGUACUGUCCGGCACCCGGGGCGCUGGUCGGGAGUACCGCCUUUGAGUCGGAUCCCAACGAGGCGCGGACGCGGUUCGUGAAUAGUUUCUCGUGCACGGAUAAGAUGACGUAUCGGUUGAGCAUUGCCUCGUGGUACAAGCAGGCGGCGAGUGUGGAGUUUGCGCAGGGGCCGGGGGUUGGUCUGAGGAUGACUCACAACUGUUAA